AUGCAGUCAAGGGUGGUGGCAUUGGAGGAAGGCAAGGACCCUGCUACUGCAUUUAAAUCCAACCAUGCUAGGGCCUUGCCUUUGAGACUAGUUCAAUUUCUUGUGAUGUUUGUAGUCCUGGGUAUCGGGGUUUCGAUUUUGAGUAUGCACACGAUUCGGUUUUUUGGAGUUCAACAUGUUGCUCCAACAGCACCAUCCACUAUUAGGCCUUGCUUUGAAGAGCCAAGUAGUUUAGAAAGCCGGAUUAGACCUCCAUCUAAUCUGUUGCACGCCAUGAAUGACACAGAGUUGCUUUGGCUGGCUUCAUCUGCUCCUCAAAUAAACGACUAUCCUUUUAAAAGAGUUCCCAAGAUUGCUUUCAUGUUCUUAACUAAGGGACCAUUGCCAAUGGAACCUCUUUGGGAGCGGUUUUUUAAAGGACACGAAGGGCUUUACUCCAUCUACGUCCAUUCACUGCCAUCUUAUAAUGCUAACUUCUCGCCUUCGUCAGUGUUUCACAAGAGACAAAUCCCGAGCCAGGUAGCAGAGUGGGGAGAGAUGAGUAUGUGUGAUGCUGAGAGGAGACUCCUAGCUAAUGCGUUGCUCGACAUCUCAAAUGAAUGGUUUGUCCUCCUUUCUGAGGCAUGUAUUCCUCUCUACAACUUAAGCAUUGUCUAUCACUACUUAUCAAGAUCCAGGUACAGCUUUAUGGGUUCAUUUGAUGAAAUUGGGCCAUACGGGAGAGGACGCUAUGACGGGCGCAUGGCCCCUUUGGUCAAUCUCACUGAGUGGCGUAAAGGGUCUCAGUGGUUUGAGAUUAAUCGGAAACUUGCAGUUAGAAUUGUAGGAGACACAACUUACUACCCUAAGUUCAGAGACUUUUGCAAACCAGCAUGUUAUGUGGAUGAGCACUACUUUCAGACAAUGCUUAGCAUUGAGACUCCACAUCUUUUGGCAAACAGGACCCUUACUUAUGUGGACUGGUCAAGAGGUGGUGCUCAUCCAGCUACAUUCGGCAAAGCUGAUGUUACAGAGGAGUUCUUCAAGAAAAUUGCUGGAAGUGACACAUGUCUUUACAACAACCAACCAACCUCACUCUGUUUUCUUUUUGCAAGAAAGUUUGCCCCGAGUGCUUUGGAACCUCUAUUAGAAUUAGCAUCCAAAGUAUUUGGAUUUUGA